AUGGUAUCCAACCGCCAUAACGCAUCAUUAAGUUCCUCGGAAAAGAAACGUCUUCGAGACAGGAGAGCUCAAGAAAAUCUUCGAAAGAAACGAGAGGACCGUAUCAAAUUCCUCGAACAACGGGUGCAGUUUUGUGAGACGCAUCAUGCAGCUUCAUUAAUGCAGCAGCUGCUUACGGCUGUCGAUAGCCUUCGUCGAGAAAAUGAGUUGUUGCGAGCUCGACAGGAACGAUUGCGGAAGAUAUUUGCGUCCUGGGAUGCAGAUGAGAUUGGAGUAUCCUCAUCGGCGACAUCACAGCCACCGCGACGGUUGGAAAAUGUAGGGCCUGAUAUCAAUCCAAGCGCUCCAGGUCAGUGUGGUAAGGCGAAAAGGGGAAUAGCAGUGACUCCAGAUUCAAUUGUCAACUUCGAGAUACCAGAACCUAAUGCUCAGAAUGAGAUCUUCACCCGAACGACUGGACUGACUCUGGAGUAUGCUGGAGCUGAUCCCGGGCUUGGUCAACUCAACAGCGUACAAGGUGUUACAGCUGCUGUACCAAACAUACCGUCAACCAUUCAAUUGCCUGGAUUGCCUUAUUCUUCCGCCAUCCAGGCUCUGCCUAGCACUGUCCCCGCUUGGUGUCUGGUCCCAAUGAACGAGUACGGACAUGAUCCGUCCUUGGUGCCAGCCACAGCACCAUGGCUCUCUCGUCCGGAGCUCGUCUCUGCUUGCCCGCCUGUGCCAGAUCCAUUGGAUCUUCUCCACGGGACUCGGCGCAACUACUUGGCCAACGAGAUCCACCGUGCAAUUCGACGGCGAGCCAUUCGCGAUGCGGAGUGUGUCGCACUGGGCUGGCUGAGUUAUGUCUACAGUAAAUGGCGCGUCUCUCCCAACCCCGCAACGUUUGCGCGCCUGGCACCUUUCCAACAACCAGUCAUGACGCAGAUCCAGCAGGGUCACCCGACGUCAUUGGAUAUGGUAAUUUGGCCGCAGCUGAGGGUCAAUAUCAUCAGGAACUGGACCAAGUACGACUUCGCCGAACUCACGGGUUAUAUGAGCUGUUGCACCAAAGUGCGCUGGCCGUGGGGUAAGGAUAUGCUGGAGCGUGAUGCGGAUGAUAACCUGCAGAUUCGGGAGGAGUUUUUCGAAGUGUUUACGCGUGAAAGCGGAUGGGGCUUGACGUCGGAGUUUAUUGAUAAAUAUCCGGAGCUGAUGGAGGGGUUGGAUGUCGACGCUUUACGGUUUCGGAUGAUCCUUCCUAGUGAAGCAGAGUGA